UAUUGAGUUAUUGACAAACAGAAAAUAGACAGAAACACCGGCGUUAGAUUGAGCCUGAAACAUCGUCAGUAUAAACUUAAACGAGUUUAUUAAUUUUUUUUAAAAUUAAUACUAUUAAGAGAAAUUAAAAUGACUCGUGAAGAAUGUGACUUUCAUAAAUAUGUGACAACUACUUACGAUCCAAUAAAAAUUGGGUCUAUAGAUGGUACAGAUACUGAACCACACGAUCGUGCUAUUUUAAGAGCUUUACAAUCAGAGUAUGUCCCUAAUAAACAAGUCAAGGGAGACCCUGAUCAUACUAUUUUUAUUGCACGUCUUAACCCAAGAACAACACAAGACACAAUUUUAACAGAGUUCUCAAAAUUCGGAAAAGUAAUUAAUUGUCGCUUGGUUAGAGACAUAGUUACUGGUAAAUCUAAACAAUAUGCUUUUGUAGAGUAUGAAAGUAUAUCAACCUUGGAUCGCGUGUUACGCGAGAUGCAUAAAGAAUAUAUAGAUGGCAGUGAGAUUAUAGUUGAGAGAGAGGCCGAGAGGAGACUGCAAGGUUGGCGGCCGAGAAGGCUUGGUGGGGGCUUUGGAGGACGAAAAGAAUCUGGCCAGUUAAGGUUUGGCUGCAGAGACAGACCAUUUAGAAAACCCAUAUUAAUCAAUCAAAAAUAA